AUGGCUCUCUUCUCCACUAAGAACGACGAGAGUCUCACAGACUUAGAGUCCCAUAAGAUGGGGUCAGACAAAGUAUCCAGGUCGGUUGACACCAGAGCGUUGAUCUCUCAGCUGAAGCUCAUCACCAGCGAUCCAUCGGCCCUGAAGGGGCUCGAGGAUGGCGAGAGGUUGCAGUUGAAGCAAGUUGCCCGCUCUGCCGCCGAUGCCCUGGAGCAGCCCUUCGAGACUAUGGUUCGCAUCGCAUAUUCGCCUCUGUUGCUGGUGACAGCUCGGAUCGGCCAGGAUCAUGGAAUAUUUGCCCAGCUUUGUGCCGCGGCGGGCCCCGUCUCCUUGGGUGAGCUCUCGACAGCAUCGAGAAUUCCUGCCGAUGUUCUAGAGCCCGUCAUGGACUCUAUAUGUGCCCGAGGAAUGGCUACCCGAGUGGAAGCGCAGGCUUUUGCUGCUUCACCUCUCACGCACCUCUUGUCCUCACCAGAGCUCCGUUCAGCCCACAUCCAUUAUCACGACUCGGUGCUCCCAGGUCUCGCAAAACUCAAGGAGUUCCUGCACAACCCACACGGCCCGCGCACGGCAUGGCAGAUGGGCCACGACACGGACCUCAGCUACUACUCCUGGCUCGACGGCCAUCCCGUGCAGAAGGACGCGUUCCACAUCUACAUGGAGGCGCACGUCAUCGGCCUCCCGACGUGGCUGGACGUGCUCGACUUCGAAAAGGAGCUGGCGGCCGGCGCCCGAGCCGAGGACGUGAUCUUCGUGGAUGUCGGGGGCAGCAACGGCCAGCAGUGCGCGGCGUUGAGGAAGAACUACCCCGGGCUGCUCGGCAGGGUCAUCCUGCAGGACCGGCCUGCGGUGUUGAAGACUGCGCUUGAGGUUGAGGGGAUGGAGAAGAUGGGCUAUGACUAUUUGACGGCGCAGCCGGUGAAAGGUUCUCGCGUCCUUUAUUUCCGGCAGAUAUUUCACAACAAUGACGACGAGACGUGUAGGAAGAUACUUCGGGCUCAGCUAUCGGCCAUGGAUGGCAAUACUGUCCUCGUGAUCGACGACAAGGUGCUCCCGGAUCGGGAACUGCUCACGGACUCGAUGGAUUCCGAGUAUCAAGCAUCGCUGAGCCUGGUCAUGAGGACCCUCUUCAAUAGCCAAGAGCGGAGGGAGGCGCACUGGAGGAGACUUGUGGAGGAGGCUGGGCUGGUGGUUAGAGAUAUACGAAAGUAUACGGAGUUUGACGACUCGGUUGUUCUCUGUGUCAAGCAGUAA